AUGAAAUCUAUAUUCACUUUCCUUUUAGUUUUUUUGCUCAUCUCUGUUACUCUCUCCUUUGCAACUCGACCCGAACCCACUGUAUCAUCCAAACCAAACUCCAACAAUAACAAGAAAGCUGGUGGAAAUGAUGGUGGAUUCUUUGGACCCGGAGGCGGCUUCAACAUACCCGGGUUUGGAAAUGGAUGGGGAAAUGGAGUUGGUGGAGGGUAUGGAGCCGGUUAUGGGGGUCCGAAUGGAGGGUACUCUAAAGGUGGCAUCAUAAGGUCUUCUGUGGUGUGCAAAGAAAAGGGGCCGUGUUAUAAGAAGAAAUUGACAUGUCCGGCUAAGUGUUUCAGCUCUUACCACCGAUCAGGCAAGGGCUACGGCAGCGGUGGAGGUGGCGGUGGGUGCACCAUUGAUUGCAAGAAGAAAUGCACUGCUUAUUGUUGA